CGUCAUUCAGUGAGGGUGAACUUCGGAAGCGCGGCACGGUCAAUCGGUGGCGGCGGCAACAGACACAACAUCAGGCAAUAGAGUAGGAGCGAUAGGAAUAGAUAUGACAGACAAUUCCCCAAAGAUCGGGUACGUUCAACGCGAUCAUGCCUCUCUCUUGAUCGCAGGACCUGAUGCUGCUUAGGAAAAUAUUCAUCGGCGGCUUGUCCUAUGAAACCACGGACGAGAAACUGCGAUCAUAUUUUGGCGCGUACGGGACAGUGACGGACGCCGUCGUGAUGAAGGACCCGAUAUCGCGGCGAUCGCGGGGUUUUGGCUUCAUCACGUAUGCCGAUCCUGGCUGCGUCGAUAGGGCCUUGGCGCAGCCAAAUCACGUGUUAGACAAUCGUAGGGUCGAGGCAAAACGGGCAGUUCCUCGAGCUGAGAGUGCGCGUGACGCCAGUAGUACAACAUCGUCCCGAGGAGGUCCCGCAAGCGCCGCGUCGUCGUCAAAUGGCGGUGUUGCAGGGUUGUCAAGCAGUGCGAGCAGCGGUGGCGGAGCUGCCACGAAGAAGAUCUUUGUGGGCGGGUUGCAUUACGAGACCAAAGACGGUACACGACGUACCUCUCCCCAAGCUGUCGUCGUGAUUGUGAUUGAGUAGCCGAGUUCAAAAAGUACUUUUCACAGUAUGGCAAGGUCGUGAGUGCUGAAGUGAUGUUCAACCGCGAAACCAACAAGUCGCGCGGGUUUGGGUUUGUCAUUUUCGAAACGGAGCACAGCGUCGACCUGGUGUUGCAGGACGGAGGCCACGUCCUCGACGGCAAGUCGGUUGAAGUGAAGCGCGCUGUGCCCCGGACAGACGCGCCGCCUCCCAGCAGCAGCAGCAGCAGCGGGGUCCCGUCGGUGGCCAUUCACACCCAGGCGGCGGUGUCCACAUCCCGAGGUUCGUUCAGCGACGACCUGUCGUCCACCCCCAAGCACCUCUUGAGUCCCCGAUCCAACCCCCCCGCGUCCCCCGCGAGUCCGGCUCCGUUGGCUUCUGUGGGCACGUUUGGCGGGUACGCAGCGGCUGUGCGGUAUGGCGGAGGUCGAGUGGGGCAUUCUUCUUUAGCGCAUGGGGCUCCGCCAGGGCUGGGGGAGAUUGAAGCCGGUCUGGAUGGGCUGACGAUGGACACAUUCGGCUCGCAGCAGCAACACCGCCAUGGCCCUGACCAAAGCCGCUUGUUUCGCACACACGGGGACGGGUACGGCCACCACCACCAUCCUUCGUACUUGUCCCAGCACGAGUAUGUGGCACCACAUCAACUUGCGCCGCAGUGGCAGCAACGGCACCAGCAACACCAACCUCCGCCGCACUGGCAACAACCACAGCAGCAGCAGCAGCACUCGUGGCCAUCGGAUGACCACCAUCUUCCGCUGCGAGCGUCGUCGGUCGACUCGAAUGUGUUUAGCAUGUUUACGCCGCCGCCCCAUCGCGCGGCCCCGCCACCACCCCCCCCCACCGCGGCGCCGUCAUCGUCCCCUACUCCACCUCCGCGAUGGGACCAAGGCGGGUUUCAAUUUGGGGGCCUAGGGGGAGGGUUCACACGGACCAACACCUCCCCCCCCACGUCCUUUGACAGAUAUGGCGGAACAGGGGCGCCUGUUCCCCCGUCGUUGACGAGGCUCGCGCUGGACGACGACGAGAUUCCGCCGCUGCGGUUUGGCGACCCCGCGUAUUUGGGUAUCGACGCACGACAACAUAGCACCAGUACCAGCCAUCCCACCCAGCCAAAUCCGACGGCGGGCCACUAUCUCUAUGAGCGCCAUGAAGACGAUACCCACAGCGGCGGUGGCUAUUACACCCAGUAUAGAUAAGCCAAGACAGUAGAUACACGAGUAGUAAGUAGUAAGUAGGCAACCACCACAAAACAUUGUUAACUGCUACCACAGUUUGAUGUGAAAUA